CACACCUUCAUCACUAUCACGAUCACUAUCUAUAUAAAAUACUUGAAUUGGAAUCGAUAUAUUAAUUGCAGGUCGAGUUUAAUUAACAUGGCAUCUCAACAACAGGACAGGUCCGAGCUCGAUGCCAAGGCGAGGCAGGGAGAGACGGUGGUCCCCGGCGGCACCGGCGGCAAAAGCCUCGAGGCCCAGGAGCACCUUGCUGAAGGGAGGAGCCGAGGAGGGCAGACUCGGAGGGAGCAGCUGGGGACGGAGGGUUACCAGGAGAUGGGGCGCAAAGGAGGGCUGAGCACGGGUGACAAGUCCGGUGGGGAGCGGGCUGAGGAGGAAGGAGUGGAGAUCGAUGAGUCUAAGUUUAGGACUAGGAAUACUUGAAACUACAAAUGCCCUUCGUAUCGUCUCUGUCUCGUCUCUGAAUGUACACUUUAAGUUUAGGACUAGGAGUGUUGUGUUUUCUCAGUCGCUGCCUUAGCUUCUACUAGUACUACUAGUUUCGGUGUGCUACUGUUGUUGUCUUGCAAUAAUCAUAAUAAUAGUGUAAUCAGUCCAUCAGAGGCGUAUGUUAUGAGUUACUUCCGUAGUACUUGCAUGUUUCAUUUUAA